AGUAAGUCGCAAUUAAAAGCGCACCUGAAGUGAGCAGUGGAUCCUGAAGCUCGCUAAAAGCGCACAUUAUUUAGCCUUUCUUCCCUUUGUACCAGCAUGAAAGUGUGCAGCGCGGUGUUUGAGCUUCAGCUGUGAGAAAAUUCAGCAGAGUUUAUACAUAUUGCUUAAAUCCCGUUGUGAGUAGCCCGGUGUCACACAUGGCUCUCCGGGCGGUCUGGCUCCUGUUCGCGCUGUCCUGUGUCCUGAAUGCGCGCUCCUGCUGCGCUUAUACCUGUCCGGCCAUCUGCCGGUGCACCGCCGACUCGUUUCAGUGCAGCAAAGAGACUCAGCUGGCCUCCCGCACAGGACCAACAUCCGUGCUUCGACUAAGGCUCACUCAUCUGCCCUUGAAAAGAGUUCCCUCUCAUGCCUUCAAGGAGUUGAUCAACAUUACAAUAAUUGAGAUCUCCCAGAGCGACUGCAUCACACAUAUACAGACACACGCCUUCCUCUCCCUCUACAGCCUGGCACAAAUCUCAGUGCAGAAUAUCAACAGCCUGAGAUUUAUUGAAAAAGGCGCCUUCACUGACCUGCCCAAGCUGGAAUAUUUGAGCAUCUCUAACACGGGCAUUGCACACUUCCCAGACUUCACAACCAUCUCUUCCCUGUCGCCAAAUAUUAUCCUAGACAUGGCAGACAACAUGGAGAUUGACAUCAUUCCUGCCAAUUCCUUCCAGGGUAUCACAGAGGAGUAUGUUGACAUGAACCUGGUUAGAAAUGGCUUCAAGGAAAUAAAAUCGCACGCAUUCAAUGGGACAAAGCUCAACACGCUAGUUUUGAGAGACAACUGGUAUCUCCGUAACAUUCAAGAAGAUGCCUUUGAAGGAGCCACAGGUCCAACUGUUCUGGAUGUUUCCUCCACGGCUCUGAGGUCUCUCCCCCCUAAUGGAUUGAGGCAGGUUAAAUUUCUGAAAGCCAGCCAUGCCUAUGCUCUAAAGAGCCUCCCUCCACUGGAAAGUCUAGCUGAACUGCUGGAAGCGGAGCUCACGUACCCGAGCCACUGCUGCGCCUUCCACACAUGGCGGCGGAAACAAAGGGAAAGUGCCUUAAAGAACUUGACCAAGUUUUGUGAUCUGAUGAAUACAGAAAUAGAUCCGACUGCUGAUGACACGAGUCUUAUCAAUGGCAUCAACUUUCAGUAUCAAGACCUGGAAUUUGACUGUCUUAGCAACCCUUUUGUCAAAUGCUCCCCAAAGCCAGAUGCUUUUAAUCCUUGCGAGGACCUACUGGGCUUUUCCUUCCUGCGCUGUCUCACCUGGAUCAUUACGGUUUUCGCUGUGGCCGGUAACCUGGCUGUUUUGGUCAUCCUGCUAAUUGGCCACCAUAAGCUCACAGUCUCCAGAUUUCUCAUGUGUAAUCUGGCCUUCGCCGACCUGUGCAUGGGGCUUUAUCUCAUCCUAAUUGCCUUCAUGGACUACCAUUCCCGUCAUGAGUACUACAAUCACGCCACAGACUGGCAGACCGGUCCUGGAUGUGGCAUAGCAGGGUUUCUGACUGUGUUUGCCAGCGAGCUAUCGGUAUACACGUUGACUGUGAUUAGUCUUGAACGAUGGCAUACCAUUACCAAUGCCAUGCAUGUCAACAAGAGGCUGCGCAUGCAUCAUGUCACAGCCAUAAUGGUAGGAGGCUGGGCUUUCUCUCUGCUGGUUGCCCUGCUCCCUCUUGUGGGGGUCAGUAGUUACAGCAAAGUGAGCAUCUGUCUGCCCAUGGAUAUCAACACACUCGGCGCUCAGGUUUAUGUGGUGGCUGUGCUCAUUCUCAAUGUUGUUGCUUUCCUGGUGGUUUGUUACUGUUACAUAUGCAUGUAUCUCAGUGUUCACAACCCAGAGCACUCCACCCGGCGUGGAGACACCAAGAUUGCCAAGCGCAUGGCUGUGCUCAUUUUCACUGACUUUCUCUGCAUGGCACCGAUCUCUUUCUUCGCCAUCUCUGCAGCCCUGCAUAUGCCCCUCAUAACUGUGUCUCACUCGAAAAUCCUGCUCAUUCUCUUCUAUCCUAUCAACUCCCUCUGCAAUCCUUUCUUGUACACCAUCUUCACACAAGCUUUCAGGAAAGACGUGCGUCUGCUGCUGAGUCGCUGUGGCUGCUGCAAUUCCCACGCUGACUUCUACAGGUCACAGACUCUGGGUUCACACCUGACUUGUACCCAGAAAAUGUCCAAAAGAGAACCUCACUCACUCGGCUUUUAUGCCUAUCACAUCAAGAUGAAGGGCUGCUUUCUAAAUAAGGGAACCACAUGACCAACCACAUACACAACUGCGUAAUGCACUGAAAGGCAACAUCUGCCGCCUUACUAAAAAUGUAGCAUUUCUUCAUAAUGUAGAUCUCAUGAAAAGAUUGUCAGUUGUGUGCAUGGCAAGCGUCAGAUCAAAUUUGAUCGUGUUUAGUUUGCAAACUAAAAACUGCAUCAGACAAACGUAACAGGUGCCGCAUCCUUCAUUUCUGCAAAUGUAUUAUGGUACAUUAAAGAAGACAGAUGGAACACGGAUGGCAAAAUAAGCUAAUUUAUUUUUAUUAAAGCUACUCUAUAUUUAAUUAUAUUAAAAAUGAAAAAUAUUUACUGUUUGCUUUCUAUAAGACUGAGGUUUCAAGUUAUUAGAAAGUAAUUAAAUGAAGACUGAUUUUGUCAGAGAUGAGUUUUGGUGCCACCUUUUGGUUUGUUGUACUCAGGACAGAUUUGGAUUGGAAAGUUAAAAGACUGCACACAUGCAGGAGCAACUCAGUUGAACCUAGAGCCAAGACCAAAUAAAUGGUACUUAUAUUUAACCUCCUAAGACCCGAACUCUUCCACUGCAUACAUUUUUAAUUUCUCUUUGAUAUUUGGGCAUAU